AUGGCAGAGGGAUUUUGCAAAAACUUCUACAACAACAAGUUGGAUCAUCUUGAAGUGCUUAUAGCGAAGAAGGCAAAGGUGCUUCGGGUCUUGGAACAGAAGCGAGCAGAGCUGAACAGAAGAGUCAGGUUUCUUAGGGAGGAGAUAUCUAUUGUACAAGAGCCUAGCUCUAAUGUUGGAAUAGUUGUGGAAAAAAUGGGAAAGAUGCAAGUCCUAGUAAAAACAAACCCAGAUGGGAAGUACUUGGUAAAAGUAGAGCAUGGAGUAAACUAUGAUGAUCUCAGACCUGGUGUGAGGGUAGCUCUUCGCAGUGACUCGUAUGAUGUUCAUAGGAUACUUCCCACAAAGGUAGAUCCUCUUGUAUCACUUAUGAUGGUUGAGAAAGUUCCUGACUCCACAUAUCAAAUGAUAGGGGGGCUUGAUGAGCAAAUUAAGGAGAUCAGAGAAGUUAUUGAGCUCCCGAUAAAACAUCCAGAGCUAUUUGAAAAUCUCGGGAUUGCUCAGCCCAAAGGAGUACUCUUAUAUGGGCCGCCUGGAACAGGUAAGACUUUAUUAGCAAGAGCCGUAGCUCAUCAUACCCAGUGUAAGUUUAUAAGGGUUUCUGGGUCUGAGUUGGUCCAGAAAUAUAUUGGAGAAGGAUCCAGACUAGUAAGAGAGCUUUUUGUUAUGGCUAGGGAGCAUGCGCCAUCCAUUAUAUUUAUGGAUGAAAUUGAUUCUAUUGGCUCUACAAGAGGAGAUUCUAAUAAGGGAAGUGAUAGUGAAGUCCAGAGAACUAUGCUUGAGCUGCUCAACCAGCUCGAUGGAUUUGAAUCCCACAACAACAUCAAGGUCAUCAUGGCUACAAAUAGAAUUGACAUUCUUGACCCUGCUUUAUUAAGAACUGGUAGGAUUGAUAGGAAGAUUGAGUUUCCUCAACCAAAAGAAUCCGCAAGGCUUGAGAUCUUAAAAAUCCACUCUAGAAAGAUGAACCUUACCAAAGGAAUUGAUCUUGAAAUCAUAGCAAGCAAAAUGGUUGGAUGCUCUGGAGCUGAAGUUAAAGCAGUAUGUACAGAGGCUGGAAUGUACGCUUUAAGGGAAAGGAGAAUUCAUGUAACACAGGAGGACUUUGAAAUGGCUGUUCAUAAGGUAUUGAAAAAAGCAGGAGACCUCAACUCCGAUCUUAGAAAACUCUUGAAAUAA